UUGUUAUAUCAAAAUAUAUUACAUGUAAAACGCAUAGACACUUAUUUUUUCCAACGAAUUUGUGCUUAACUCUGUAAUAAAGAACUGAUGUAUGAAAAACAAAUAUAAGCGAAAAUAAAACAUGGAACACAUAAGACAAUUUGAUUGGUGUUACUCUGAACAUGAGCACUAUUUUGUAAGAGAAAAUGAUCUAGACAACUGUGUGACAGAGAGGAUACUACGAAAUAAAUUCCGAGACCCGCUAAUUUCCAGUGAAUCAGAAGAUGAAAAACCUACAUUCAAUUGGAAUGAGAUAUUAGCAAAGCAACAAAUGAACAAUGUACAACACAGAGUGUUUGUACCUGGAUUCCGUAACAUACUGCCUUACCCCAAACUCUCCAAUCUGACAAGGUCACAGCACUUUCAAUGUCUAAAGGUGCUCUGUGCCAAGAAUCCUGACAUCUUGCCAAAAGAAUUUAUACCACUACCAAAGAAUUUUGAUUACAAAAUUUUUGAAGAUGUACAAAAAGCUUAUUUGGAGGAGCAAAAGGAAUUCAUAGCGUGGGCUAAAACUAUGUGGACGACAAACCAUUGCAUAAGAGCUCUCAGACCGAAACCCCUUGUGGAAACAAUGUAUGAGGCGGAGUUUGAGAUAAAGGCCAAAGAAAUGGAAUCAUUUCCAAAGAAUUAUAUAAUGGCCGCACAAAUACCGUUAGAAUCAAGAAAUGACAAGUAUGAAAUGAUACAUGACAAAGAAUUAAUUAGUGUGGAUAUCAACAGUUUACCACAGAUAAGCAAUCCUCUGCCUAUCACAAAGAAGUUGACCAUUAUGAUCCCGAGAGCUGUACCGGAGCCAUGUAUGAAGCACCCCUGUAGAAUAAUAUUACCAUACGAGACAUCCACCACAACUCUACCACUGACGGAGGUGCACUCCGCACUGGCUCAGUAUGCGGCGGAGCAGGGGGCAGCUUGUGUGGCUGAUGAGAAUGCACUCACCUGUCUUCUGCAGACGGACAAGCAGUGGUCUUUGUGUCUGUCUGUCUGUGAUGUUGUUACAACAGUAUCAAUUGUUGUAGAUGGCAGCAGUCAUAGUGUACUAGUGCUGGGUGGAGAGUUCUCCAUAGUGAGGGAGUGCGCUCAGACUCGCACACGCAGAGCAUACACACAUCUACUGGAACACGCUCUCAUACCUGAUGAAGAGAAAGUUAAAUUAUAUUACAAGAGCAAAGAAACAACAGCUAACAAUAUGAAAAGUUGCACAAAUCUGUCCCAAUAUUUGGACGACUCUAGCGAUGACGAAUGUCCCUUGUUCAUUGUUGCUGAUGAAAUGCAAGCAAAUAAUACGGAUACAGAUGAAGUGACAGAUGAAAAUCCUUCAGCAAACAACUUUAUAUCCAAUGAAAAUAAUACUAAAACUAAACCAGAAGUAGACAGUGACAUCUACAAAUGUACCUGUGAAGGUACUAUAUUCGAAAGACCUCCGCCGCGGUCUUUUAACAAGUGGCGAUUUAAAAAUUUCAACAAUUCCGAUAGCUUCAGUAUUAUUGUACACUGCUCACAUAAACUUAAGAACUCUGUGGGUGAGGUUGUGUUGGAGGCUGUGCCGGAGUACCAGCUGGAGCUGGGCGCCAGCGAGCUCUCAUCUCACACCAUCAGCAGUCUGGCACUCUCGCUCAUGCUGAGGAGGCACGCCACGCUCAUGACAGUGCGAGUGGACGGUCAGUCGGGUGAGGUGGUGCGCGUCGACAGCAACAAUCUGGAGGAGCUGAGGGCGGAGCACCCGACGGCGGGCGCUGCGGAGGCCGCUCACACGUUGGGUACCACUCUGGCUCAGCUGCAGGGACUACUACCCGGACACUACCUGCUCAGGCACGAGCCUAGCCACGGUAUGAACGCGUUGCUGUACCGGCCGUGCGGUGUGGGCGGGGCGGGGGCGGGAGAGGGCGUGUCCGGGGCGGGGUCGGGGCAGGGGGCGGGGGGCGUGGCCGAGUGCGUGCGGCUCGCAUUCAGCUGCGAGCAGCGCGCGGACGCGGACGAGACGCAGGCGGUGCGCGCGCCGCCCAACAUCGUGCCGUUGUUGCUGCCGUUGCACAAGUAUCGCAAAAUACUUCCGUGCGCUUUCACCCCGCACGAGCUGCAGGUGGCCAAGGAGACGAAGAAGCCUGCAGCACGACAGAAGCCUCCGCCGCACGCCAUCACGUUGGGCGCGCAGCCGGAGGGCGCGGGGAACACUAAGGUACCGCGGCGACCGCUCGUAUGUCUUAGGGUUAGCGCGAAGCCCCACCCUGCGUUAAGUAUCCACCGUGUCGAUGUUUCACCUUGUCCGGAGACAACCCUACCACAAUGUCAUACCAUAGACAAAUGUCAAUGUCACACUAUAGACAAGUGUCAAUUGACUAUGGUUGUCUUUUCGGCACUUACAAUAUAUCGGAAAAUAAAUAAAUCCAGCUAUUUAUAUUAAUUAAGGGAUAGAGGUAUUUCAUC